GUGAGAACCGUAAUGUUCAAUCUUCUCUCAAAACUGGAGUUGCCUUGGAAGAAAAGGUGGUUGGUAUGGUUUGGGUUUGGGACGAUAAUAGUAUGGUGUCAAGCUUUGGGCACUAGUGGUUGCUUGGAAGAGGAGAAGGAUGCACUGCUGAAAUUCAAAGGUGCUUAUUCAAAUGAUUCAUAUUUGGGAUCGUGGGUGAAUGAGGCAAAGAGUAAUUGCUGUGCUUGGGAUGGAGUUACUUGUGAUUCCUCUUCGGGCCACGUCGUCGCUCUCUCUCUUGAGGCUGUGCAUAGAAAUGGGGAUCCAGGAUGGCAGAAACGUUGUACCAACUCCACUCGCUUGAGCUGGUCCCUAUUCCUCUCCUUUAAGGAAUUGAGAAGCCUUGAUUUGACCAACGAUUGUUUUGAUGCCUUCGUUGCCAACCCAGAUUAUAAUGGGAAGUCAACAUUGCAGAAGCUGGAAACAUUAAAUCUUUCAUACAAUUUUCUGAACGAGAGCAUAAUGGAACUAUUGAGCCCUCUCCCAUCCCUCAAAACUUUAAUUCUUUCUGAUAAUGAUAUGGGUGAACCCUUUUUACCGACAGCAUUAUCACUUCUACAAAACUUGGAGCAGUUGGAUAUGAGUAACAAUAAUCUUCGCAGCUCCUUUUGGCCUCAAGCUUUGGCAAAUUUAAGCAUGUUGAAAGUCCUUAAACUAAGUAAUUCAUCACUUAGUGGAGCUUUCCCAAAUGAAGGUUUAUGUAAAAUGAAGCAACUUCAAGAACUAGAUUUGUCACGUAAUCAUUUCAGAGGAACCUUGGGUACAUGCCUUGGCAAUUUGACAUCGCUUCAAAGGCUUGAUCUCUCAGAUAACUUGUUGAUCGGGAGCAUUCCUAUUUCCCUUUCAAAUCAAACUGGCUUGACAAAUUUUGAUCUAUCAGGUAACAACCUAGUUGGUACGUUUCCAAGUUGGUUGUUUGUGAACAACCCAAAACUAGAAGUUGUGUCUUUAAACGAUAACUCCUUCACUGGAACUUUUGAACUACCCUUUGAUCUAAAUCAUCACAUGGAUCAAUUAUACGAGUUGGAUUUAUCAAACAACCAAAUCCAAGGUGAGCUACCCAAUAACAUAGGAUACCUCCUCCCACGUUUGGAGUACUUUGAUGUCUCAAACAACAUGUUUCAUGGUCGUGUUCCUGCUUCAAUUGGAGAGAUGUCAGGCUUAACAAAUUUGUUUUUGAGGGAUAAUAAGUUUUCUGGAGAAAUACCUGAUCAUAUUAUAAAAGGGUGCAUGUCAUUAAAUUAUUUGAUGAUGGAUAAUAACCAGCUCAAUGGAACACUUCCUAGUGGGAUUGGAAAACUUGGCCUUGCCACAUUAACUGCAGCAAGUAACAACUUGGAAGGUGCAAUAACAAAAGAAUUUUGCCAACUUGAUCUUGAUAUUUUAGACCUACGUCACAAUAAAUUCUCUGGUGCAUUACCCUCUUGCUUCAAAAUGCCCUCCUACUACCUCUUUUUGCAGGGAAAUAGUCUUUCUGGCAUGAUAACUGAAGCAUUCAUUAACAGCUCAGGCAUGGACUUGGCGGGUAUGGAUUUGAGUGACAACAAAUUUAUAGGAACAAUUCCACAGAGCAUCUAUGAGCUUAAAUCUUUGAGAUUUCUUCUAUUGGCUGGUAAUCAAUUGCAAGGACAACUUUGUAGUCAGAUAUGUAAGUUACAAAAUGUUGAUAUCUUAGACUUGUCACGCAAUAACUUCACUGGGUCUAUACCUUCUUGCCUCAACAAUAUGUCAUUUGGGGAAAAAUAUUUCUCAUCACACUAUGAACCAGGAUUUAGACUCACACCAUUCAAGGCUAUACCUGAAUUUACAGAAGUGCAAUUAAUCACAAAAGGUUUUUCUCAUUCAUAUGAAGGUGCUACACUUGAAUACAUGUCAGGAUUGGAUUUGUCAUCUAAUCAAUUGAUAGGAGAGAUUCCACACCAAAUAGGAAAUUUAUAUGCCCUCCAUGCUCUCAACUUAUCUCACAACCAUCUUAAUGGACCAAUUCCACAGAGCUUCCAAAAGCUACAAAGUAUAGAGAGCUUUGAUCUUUCAAAUAACAACUUGAGUGGACAAAUCCCUCUUCAAUUACAGGACUUGCACUCUUUAUCUGUCUUUAAUGUGUCUUACAAUAAUUUAUCAGGCAGAGCACCUGAUAAGGGACAGUUUGGUACCUUUGAUGAAAGCAGUUACAAAGGAAAUCCAUAUCUUACUUGGAAUAACAGUAACAGAGGCAGUACAAUACUGCAAUCACCUCCAACUCUAUUGAAUGGUGGAGAGCAAAAUAAAUCUACAAUUGAUUUCACUUCCUUCGUUUGGAGUUUCGCUGCAUCCUAUGUCAUGGCACUAUUAGUGUUGGUGGCAAUCCUUUGGAUCAAUCCUCAUUGGCGGACAGUGUGGUUUUCUUCUGUCGAAGGGUGCCUCCAUAAAUGUUUUGGUCACUUUCUUAAUGAUUCAUUUCACUAGAAAGUUGUAAUCAUAGAUUAGAUAUAAUUGCUAAAUUCAUUCUAAAAGGACACACACUUGUAUGUACGUAUUAGGGUUUUUGGAAUUACGUUUUUAAAUUAAAUCAACAUCACUGUAAAAAUGUGUUCAUC